AUGGUUUCGCUAGACACCCUGACCACCACAGAGAAGGGGGCAAACCCCACCAGCGCAAAUGGCCAAGCCGCGGCCGACGGCGCCGGCGUUUUAUACGCGGCUGAGUCCAACGGGACUCAGAUGGAGAUCGACGCUUCUAGAAGGAGGAGAAUGACUAUGCUGCCCCUGGAAGUGGGGACACGCGUCUUGUGCAGAUGGCGGGACGGGAAGUACCAUCCCGUCAAGGUCAUCGAGCGUCGCAAACUCCCCGGCGGCGGAGGCAACGAUUACGAGUACUAUGUUCACUAUAAUGAAUUCAACAGGAGACUUGAUGAAUGGGUAAAACUUGAACAGCUUGAUCUUGACUCUGUAGAAACUGUCGUGGACGAAAAGGUCGAGGACAAGGUAACAAGCUUGAAGAUGACACGCCACCAAAAGCGGAAGAUUGAUGAGACACAUGUAGAGGGCCAUGAGGAGCUUGAUGCUGCAAGCUUGCGUGAGCAUGAAGAAUUUACAAAAGUUAAAAAUAUUGCAACGAUAGAACUUGGAAGAUAUGAGAUUGAGACGUGGUACUUCUCCCCCUUUCCACCAGAAUACAAUGACUGUACCAAGCUGUUCUUUUGUGAAUUUUGCCUCAAUUUCAUGAAGCGCAAAGAACAGCUUCAGAGGCAUAUGAAGAAAUGUGAUCUCAAGCAUCCUCCCGGUGACGAGAUAUACCGAAGCGGCACUUUGUCAAUGUUUGAGGUUGAUGGCAAAAAGAACAAGGUUUAUGGCCAGAAUCUUUGCUAUCUGGCUAAAUUGUUUCUUGACCACAAGACCCUGUACUAUGAUGUUGAUCUAUUUCUAUUUUAUAUACUGUGCGAAUGUGAUGAUCGAGGAUGUCACAUGGUUGGCUACUUCUCCAAGGAAAAGCAUUCUGAGGAGUCCUAUAAUUUAGCCUGUAUUCUUACUCUUCCUCCUUAUCAGAGAAAAGGCUAUGGAAAAUUCCUAAUUGCAUUUUCAUAUGAGCUUUCAAAGAAGGAAGGUAAAGUUGGAACACCAGAAAGACCCCUUUCCGACCUUGGUCUUUUGAGCUACCGAGGAUACUGGACACGCGUACUUCUAGAUAUUCUGAAAAAGCACAAGGGCAACAUCUCUAUUAAGGAGCUCAGUGACAUGACGGCAAUCAAGGCAGAGGAUAUUCUGACAACCCUUCAGAGCUUAGAGUUGAUCCAGUACCGUAAGGGGCAGCACGUGAUUUGUGCUGAUCCUAAGGUGUUGGACCGUCAUCUGAAAGCUGCAGGCCGAGGUGGUCUUGAUGUUGAUAAAAUCUAUCAGAGGAACAAAUCUUCUGGUGUUAGUUCUAGGUAUAGGUCUAGGAUGUCUUUAACUAGUUAUAUGGAUGUUGAUUACUAUAAAAGCAGCGAUGUAUGGAGAAUUUUACAGUAUUACAGAGUUUCUACUGUGAGGCUGAAUUUAUCAUUUGAUGUUGGAUUGGCAAUUUAUAAGCAAUUACAACAUGCAUUGGCAGAAGCCAUAAGGAAUUUUGAUAAACAAAAACCUGUAGAAUUUGGAUACAAAUGGGAGCCUAAAUAUAGAAAAAGUCCUUCCAGCAGUAACAUUCCUGUCAUCCCUUAA